CAAAAGAAAAAAAGAGAGAGAAAGAGAGAAGCUGUUCACUUUAGCACAAUUUCUGUCUCUUCAUCAAUGGUGGUUUUGGUGGAGCUUUACGCAAACCCAAUACUCACCCAACCAAAUAUUCUCUCUUUUAUUUUUAUUUUUCAUUUGAUAGAGAAAUGAAAGGAAAGACCAAGUAAAUUUUUUUUCUCUUCUAAACUCCUUUCGAUUCCAAAUAAGUUUUUUUUUUCUUUUCAUUUUCUUGGGUUCUGGAGGGAAAAAUGGAAAACCCAGAAAUUUUUACUUGAAACUGGAUCGAACUUGGUUGUAAAGUCUUUCCUUUAUAAAUAUUUGCAAAAUUUCCGGUUUAUUUUCCUUUUGUACUCCAAUAACCGGGAAAAAUUCAUGGGGAACAUCGGAAGUAGCGGAGUAAGUGGCCGGAGAAGGCACGGAAGCAGGCGAAAUCAUCCUCCGCCACCACAUCCACCUCCUCCAGCUCAGCCCCAACCUGAAAUCUCGGCCAACCGUUACGUCUUUGCCGCCGCAACGCCUUACCCGCCACAAUACCCGAAUACCAACGCACCCCAGUACUACCAGUACCCAGGGUACUACCCCCACCAGCCGCCUGUGCCGUUGCCGCUUCCGGCGCCUUACGAUCAUCAUCACCAUCAUCGAGGUGGACCCCACAUAGAGCCCGCCAGUUGGAGUAGAUAUGCUUGUGGACCGAUGAUUACUCCACCGCCGCCGUAUAUAGAGCAUCAAAAGGCGGUUACUAUAAAAAAUGACGUAAAUUUGAAGAAGGAAACUUUGAAAUUCGAAGCUGAUGAGCUGAAUCCUGGGAAGUUCUUGGUUUCUUUCACGUUUGAUGCUACUGUUGCUGGAAGGAUUACUGUUAUUUUCUUUGCAAAAGAAGGUGAAGACUGCAAUCUGACGGCAAUGAAGGAAAGUAUUCUACCCCCAGUAAUUGUGCCUUUCGAACAAGGUCUAGGACAGAAGUUUAGACUGCCGUCUGGAACAGGGAUCGAUUUCUCUAUGUUUGAGGAGUCGGAAUUACUGAAAGUAGAUGAAGUGGAUAUCUAUCAUCUGGCUGUGAAAGCAGAGGCAUUGCCUCUUAACCAAAAUGUGUCAGAUGGAAACCAGGAGUCAGGAGCCAUGAAUUCUCAGAUAACUCAGGCGGUGUUUGAGAAGGAGAAGGGUGAAUACCAGACCAGAGUAGUGAAACAGAUUCUGUGGGUGAAUGGGAAGAGGUAUGAGCUGCAAGAAAUAUAUGGGAUCGGAAAUUCAGUUGACAAUGAUGUUGAUCCAAAUGAUAGUGGAAAAGAAUGCGUUAUUUGCCUUUCAGAACCUCGGGACACUACUGUUCUUCCCUGCAGGCACAUGUGCAUGUGCAGCUCUUGUGCAAAGGUUUUGAGAUGCCAGACGAAUCGGUGCCCAAUCUGUAGGCAACCGGUUGAGAGGCUUUUGGAGAUAAAGGUCAACAAUGGCCCUGAUGAAUGAGAUGAGAACAUGUUUGUUGAACUAUCUUCCUUUAUAGUAUUUUGUUGUUAUCAUUAUGUCAUGCCUUUCUAAUAAUCAAACAGGAAGUUAUAAUCAAUUAUACAGUACAUGAUAUGAACGAAAUGCCGGAAUUCGACACAAACUAUAUUCAGACAAAUAGGUGCCAUCUUGUAGAUGAACAUCAAAUUUUUUUUGUGUGUGUUCUACUCUAUUCUAAUGUUUGAAUGAUAAAGAAGAAUUUACUUUUGUUCA